CAUGGCGGCGUACUGAACACAAACACCGCACACUUUUACCCACGAAGAUAAGCAAUCGGAUAAUGACAAACGAUUCAAUUUGCGUUUAAAUGGUCAAGUCAAAUGAUGAGCAAGAAAACUGACGGCGAAAUAUGCCAAACCCAAGAAAGCACGACCAUAACACUGGCUCAAAUGAAAUCUGGAGUCAUGGUUCCACAUUUUCACAAAAAAGGCUGAGAACAAACAAAUCGGGUAAAAGUCAGAAACUGACACCCCAAUCUUCCCCUCCUGUCAGGAAGUCACCACAUACUCGUUCUAAAGAUCUGGAGACCCCCAAACGACGAGCGAGGGGCAGAUACACGGGUUUAAACAACACGGCUGAUUCCCCUGGGGAUGGAGAUAUUUUACAAGACAUCAUAUGGGACCCGGCAUCACCUCCUCCUGCUGGAAGUGGCGAAGGGCCCGGCAACACCAGAGUUGUUGAGAUAUCAGACAUUGUCAAUCGGAUCGCCCCUAAGGAUGUCCAGCAUGUCUCUGUGGAUAGUCCUCUGCUUCAGUGGAUUGGGGACAGUGCUGUCCCAUGUACCCCAGAGGUACGCCCGCCCAAAGCAAGGAAGAAAUCCACUCGGAAAAGCUCAGUGGAGGACUUGAUGCAGCUGGCCAGGCAGUUUGACAUCAACAUGCACCAGCAGGACCAAGAGAAGAGGAGCUCUGAACACACAAACAAUACCAUAAACAACAACCGCUACGGGGAGGAACCCAAGUGCUCGUCAUCAGCCCAGCAGGUAGAGGCGGAGCUUAACGCUCUGUUCGACGGGCCGACGCAGCGGGUCACCGGACGGCUCAGCCAAGGGUCGACCGCCUCCACCUGUUCUCAGGAGGUCAAGGUUCAAGUUGGGGUCAGCCAUCUCACUGCCGAUGACCUCGUCAAAGAGUCGGAGGUCAAGCCUGGCGGGGGAAGCACGUCUGGUUCAUCGGCUCGUACUGGUAAAGAGGAAGUGGGACAGUGGAACGCCACGACGACUGUGGCGAAAGACGAGGACUUUGACUGGGAGGAUGAUGACCUUCUCAAUGACCCUAUCGUGUUGGAGAUGACCCAGAAUCCUGACGGACUGAAAACGCUGUCCCCCAAACCCAGCAGCUCAAGCACACACCUUCAACCCUCAAACAGAGGUGGCCUCACUGGGCCAUGUCCUAAACCCAAGCCCAACAGCAGAAGACCGUUCCUCACUGUUGGAGCGGCCCAGCCUGAGAGACCCAGGCCCGGCGUGUCUGCGGCUGUGGGGAGUAGGGGCCCAGACUCUGCAGAAGGGAGGGCUGAUGGGGUGAGCACAGCCACAACUCCAACGUCACGUGGAACCACAGCCCCAGACUCCGCUUUCAAAGACCUCUCAGAGGAGGACCUCCAGUCCCUGUUUGACUCUGAGUCGCUUUGGAAUGACGACGAAGGUGACGAUGACGAACUGCUGUAUCAGGUGUGUGACGACGUUGAAAGGAUCUCCAACAGUCAACCCCUGUCCGAGGAUGCCUCCGUAACCACGGAUACCACUGAGGUCCGCUUCCAAGAGAGCAAACCGAAAGCUCCUCCAUCCGCCCCUCUGGCUGCAGUGAGAGAGGGGACUGUGACUAUGGAUAGGGCUGUAGGUGGUCCUAGCAGUAAACAGUCAACCACCUGCACGUCUGGCCGCUCCAACUCAGCACCAGGAGAUGGGAGCAGCACCCCUGUGCACUUUCAGAGAUGGAACAUUCCAGCGAAAGCAGGAAAUGUUUGGGUCGGACAUCAUACAGUCACGUCCCAGAGCCUUCCAGGCAGCGGGGAGGGUCUGGGAAAGUUUACCCAGCUGAAGGGUGCUCCAGGCUGGGGAACAUUUGGCCUAGGAUCCCUUGGAGUUAGAACCUUCCAAGCAGAGAACUCAAAGUCGGUCAUGCCACGGACAGUGUCGGCGAGAACCCUCCCAAACUCAAAUUCCCAUCAGGCGUCAUCGUUCAAGAGACAUCUGUCGGACUCGGCCGCCAUCGGCAACAAAGUGUUUGUCAACAGUCAGCUGACGGGGAGAUGCACGGAGGAGGAGAUUGAGAGGAAGAAGCAGGAGGCCAUAGCCAGAAGAAGGACCAGAGAAACCUCCCUAAAAGCAGGGGACUUCCUCUGUGACUCAACAACGGGACACUAG